AUGUCUUACGUGAGCAAGAUCAACGCCGACCCCGGCCCAGAGGAGCUGCGCCGCCUGUACGACCAGUGGGCGGCGACCUACCACGAGGACCUAACCGGCGACUCGCAGAACUACGUAGCUCCCGCCAUCACGGCCCAAGCCGUUCUCAAGACCCUCGGCACCGACCACAUCGACCCCGACCUGGAGAUCCUCGACGCCGGCUGCGGCACGGGCUGGGUCGGCACCAAGUUGGCCCAGGUGGGCGCCAAGCGCAUCGACGGCAACGACAUCAGCCCCGGCAUGCUCAAGGUCGCGCGCGAGACGGGCGUGUACCGCCACCUCAACACCGUCGACCUGACCAAGCCGCUCUCCGUGCCCACCGGAACCUAUGAUGUCGUGACCUGCAUCGGCACCUUCCUGCUCGGCCACGUGGGCCCCGAGGCCCUGCCGGAGUUCGUGAGGAUCCUCAAGACUGGAGGCAUCGUCGUCGCGACCGUGCGCGACAACGUCUGGGAGGCCAAGGGAUACAAGGCUACCAUUGACAAGCUGGUCCAGGAGGGGAAGAUCAAGUUGAUCAGUGCCCAGAUCUCCGACUACCGCAAGGGGGCUAACAUUGAGGCUUUCCUGGUCAUCUUCAGCAAGAUUGCCUGA